CGCCGGUCGGCCGAUGACGGCGGGUUGCUUUGAAGCUGUUAGCGUUUAGCAGCAGAGAUGCAGAGACCGGUGUCCAGUUUGCCUCUGAGCCAGGCUGUGAGGCUGAAACUGGGCAGUGCUGGUUUCCAGCUCACCGCGGACCUAUUGGACUUCAAACCGGACAAGCUUAGCAAAGAGACCGGCCUGAGCGAAGAGGAGGCUGUGGAGGUGCUGAAGGCUGUGAAAGGUGGAGGAGGAGGCGGAAGUGGUGACGUCUCAGCAUCUCUGACCGCUCUGGAGCUCCUGCAGAAGGAGGAGGAGUUAAGGAGCAUCGUGACAUUCUCCUCUCAGCUAGACGAAUGUCUCGGAGGAGGAAUUCCUGUCGGGAAAAUAACGGAAGUCUGUGGAGUUCCAGGAAUCGGAAAAACGCAGCUGUGUCUGCAGCUGGCGGUGGAUGUUCAGGUGCCUCAGUGCUUCGGGGGGGUCGAAGGUCAGGUGAUGUUUAUCGACACAGAGGGCAGCUUCCUGCUUCAGAGGGUCACCGACAUCGCAGCAGCCGCCGUUAGACACUGCUCCUUAUUGGCUGAGGACGAUGAGCAACGAGCCGCCAUGGAGACCUUCACCGUGGAGACCAUCCUGUCCAACAUCUUCUUGGUGCGUUGCCAUGACUACGUGGAGCUGCUAGCCGAGCUCCAUCUACUUCCUGACUUCAUGUCGCAGCAUCCAAAGAUCCGCCUCCUGGUGAUCGACAGUGUGGCAUUUCCUUUCCGUUUGCUCUUUGACGAACUUUCAAAAAGGACACGCCUCCUUAAUGGCGUCGGCCAGCAGCUAAUCACCAUGGCAAUAAACUAUAACAUUGCAGUGGUAAUCACCAACCAGAUGACGACCCGGAUCCGGGACGGCCAAUCGCACAUUGUCCCUGCCCUUGGGGAGUGUUGGGGCCACGCCCCUACAAUCAGGCUCCUCCUACAGUGGGAAGGGUCGCGGCGUCUGGCGACCAUCUUUAAGUCUCCAUGUCACGUGGAAACCAUGGUGCAAUACCAGAUCACCCCCGAAGGCUUCAGAGAUGCCGAUCAAUUGGAAAUGCCGCACAGCAAACGGCCUCGUAUGGACACUGACCAAUCAGCUGCUGAGCCAAAAGACACAAGCAGCUGAUUGGUUGGAAACUGUCCAGUAAGAAGAGGCUGAUUGAGCAUUUGCCUUGUGUGGAUUUAAUGACACUGCUGUGUUCACACAGGAGGUUCCUGUUUAAAUAAAGUUCAGUUUGAGUCCAGCAGGUGGAGACACAGAACUGAUUAUCAGUCAGUGGCUCUUCCUGUCUGCGCCGUUCAUCCCUGACGUUCCCGAGCAGAUGCUGAAUACUUCUGCGUUUAGAGAAGCUGCUCUGCAGAAGAGCAGGGGUCAGAGGUUAGAGGGUGGCUCUCUUGCUUGCAGAUUCUUCAUAUUUAGAUAUGUUGAUAUCAUAUCAGUUUAUUAAAACAUUGUUUCUGUUGUUUCUACUGAGACGAUCUUGUCUUGCCCUCAGGUGCAACACACAUUACUGUUGUGUUCAAGCUUUUCUUUAGGAUUGUUUCUUCUGCUGGAAAUAGGCAGAAACACUGGUUCAUUUCCAGUCCACCCUCUCAGUCCAUGAUGAGUGUGAUUCUGUUUAGAGUGCCUAAGGGUCGCUUAAUUAAGGGGUGGGAUAGAAAUAUAGCGGUGAGCUUUGGGAUGUCCUCGCUUUUCUCUGAUGGAAAACAGGAGGAUUGAUGUGUUAAAGCUUCUUACUGACUGAUGACUAUAAGCAUCAAGCCACAAUGGAGACCUUCAUGACUGCUUGUAGAAAUCGUGUCUGGAAUUUUCACCUGUUGAGUUUAAAUGAGUUCAAAAACUUUAUUUAUCUCCGAGGGGCAAUUAAGAUAAAGUUUUUUGACAUGAAAUGGAUUUAUUCUUUUCUUUUAUUAUUGUGACAACAACAGUUAAAAUAAUGAAUCUCAUUGAUGAAACACCUUUCAGAAGCAGAAUAUGGUCAGAUCCAGCCAUUUUUGGACAGAAAUGUUAUGGCCAGGGUCGCCAACAAGGGGGAGGCAGGGGGGCCACUGGCCACCCCCAAAAAUUUACAAGACUGUCUAAUGUUGGUUAUUAUUUUAAACAUGAGCACAAGAGACAGGAAGACACCCCACAGUGAGUUGAAAUAUUGUAUAUAAAUUUGCAAUAAUUGUAUACAAUUCUUUUGUCAUGCCUUCACGAUUUCCCGUCGUCCCUUCCUUCAUUGCAUUCCUUCACUGUUCUGUUUUUGGUGCGCCAUCUCAAUAUUUUUAGUGGCCCCCAUAUGAAAAAUAUUCUGGAGGCAUUCCUGGUUAUGGCUUCAAAAUCCAGAUGCUAACAGCAAUGCCCGGUGUCCAUCUUUUAUAUACAGUCUGUCUUUUCUCAUGGGAGAGUCCACACACAAAGCCCGUUGGGGUUACUUCAGGUAGGCCAUCUGACAUAAAUACAAAUCUGGCGAAGUAAAACAUGUCGAGCUGCCUGCUGUGCUGUUGUGAAUAAGGGAGCAGCUGGAAGCUUCUUCAGUGUGUGGAUUUUCCACACAGAAGUAACGAGAGAAAGGGCCACUAAUAAAUAAACACCAUCUCCCAUGAUGCACUUCUGCUGACAUUAUUGGCAGCUGCAGAAAUAAACUGAAAUAAUUUCAAAGAA